CAACCGCUCGCACUGCAUCUCCCCAUCGUAGGCGAGCUCUGCUCAUGUGUGAAUCUCCAUCGUCUCUGGUACUGCAAGUGUUUGCGUUUCCACAGAGACAUACUUUGAACCCUAAAUUUCUCCCCGCCACAUGUUGACGGCGCGUGUUUCCCUAACACCGGCUGCAUCUUCUUGAGCGUCAUGGCCAGAUGCCGCCUCGUCCCCAGCCGCCACCGGCGGCGUACAAGCACUUCUGCAGAGUCUGCAACAAGGGGUUCACGUGCGGCAGCGCGCUCGGCGGGCACAUGAGGGCCCACGCCGUCGCCGACGACGGCCCGGGCGCCGACGACGACGACGACGAUCCCGUGUCGUCUGCGCGCGGCGGGGAAGAUGGGCCGUCCACGGCAGGAGCAGCGACGACGCACGUCUACGCGCUCCGGGCGAACCCUAACCGCCUCACCAGGGGCUGCCAGGUGUGCAAGAACUGUGGGAAGGAGUUCUCUUCGAUGGAGCUUUUCCUGGAGCACGGCAAGUGCACCUCGGGGGAAGAGGAGGACGCCGACGGAUCGUCGCCUCCGUCCGUGGCCGACGAAGAGGAGGACGCGUCGCUGGCCUCUGGGUGGUCAAAGGGGAAGCGCUCGCGCCGCGCCAAGUCGAUCGCUGGCGGAGGCGAUGAUACAAUGCCCGGGCCGUCAACGGCGCCGUCUGGCGAGGACGAGGAGGAGGACCUGGCAAAUUGCCUCGUCAUGCUCUCGUCGUCCAAGGCCGAUCAGUCUAGCGCCGCCGCCGAGGCCGACCCAGAGCCAUGCGCGCCGGCCAGCAAGGAACACGGGAGAAGGCCUCAUCCACAGCCGCAGCACUUCCCGAUCGUCAUAGCGGCGCCGGAUCAAGCGAUAAUGCUGCCCCUGGCGUUGCCAGCACCGCAACCGCAAUACGCCUCGCCCCUGCCACGCGGCUUGUUCGAGUGCAAGGCAUGCAAGAAGGUGUUCACUUCGCACCAAGCUCUCGGCGGACACCGUGCCAGCCACAAGAAGGUCAAGGGCUGCUUCGCUGCCAAGCCCGAGAGCAGCGUCGGUGGAACACCUCACCACCACGCAGCGGCCGCCGGUCCCAGCGAUGAAAAGGGUGAUGCCGCCGCCGUCGAUGUCAUCCAUGCAAGUGGCAGCGUUGAUGCCAGGACAAACGCCGAUGCCAGCACCGGUGGCGACACGAACGCCGGGACGAGCGGGGCCACGCCAUCCCUGUCAAUGGCCAUCACGACCACCGACCAUGAACCGCCGGUCGCGGGGUUGGCCAUUGCACCGUUCAAGAAGAAGGCCAAGAUGCACGAGUGCUCCGUGUGCCACCGCCUCUUCGCCUCUGGUCAAGCGCUCGGAGGCCACAAGCGGUGCCACUGGCUCACUUCGGGGACAGGGGAUCACGCCAACAUCACAUCCCUGACAGCCGAAGGCCUGGUCGCCGCUGCCGGCCAGCAGCUCACUCUCCGGCCAAUGAUGGACCCUCCAGAGCCGGCGCUAGACCUCACCAUCGCGGCCAACCCGUUGCCGUUGAUGGCCAGCGCGACGGUCGCCGAGGCCAGAACCAGCUCGCUGCACCUUGACGCGUCCCCGUCGCUCUACUUCCAGCCAGCGGCGGCACCAAGCAAUCCCAGCCACCAGAACAAGAUGGCCGCGACGAGCAGCCACAACGCUAACGACGCUGCUACUCCCCGCGAGGCCGCCGAGGACGAGGCGGACAGCACAGCCGUCAAGAAGGCCAAGCUUAGUGCUCUCAAGGACGUGAGUGCAGCGGGGGAGACGACGCCGUGGUUGCAGGUCGGCAUUGGCUCCUCGUCGGCCGGUGGUGACGGGAAGAGUGCCUGCGAAUGAGCCUCCCCGCGUCGAGUAGAGCUGGCAGCUUCAACACUGAAGUGACUGAACCUGAACCGACACAGUGAGAUGGAAAGAUAAAGCUCAAGAUUUUGUUUUGUUCAUGAAGAUGCCGAAUGAGAGGAACUACAAGAAGUCCUAAAAAUACUUGAGGUGCAGCAACAUCACUUAACCUGUUCAUGUUGCCCUAGAUGAUUUAUCAUCCUUGCUGGACCCUCUUGACAAGGAUUCUUAUGAAGACUAGUUGUUGGAGGUUCCUUGCAAUGCAUUCACCAAGAGGCAGA